AUGGCUAUAUCAUUAACUGGUAAGUUGGUGAUCAUUUUCGUCACCUUGGCUGUAGCGGCCGGUAUGGCAACUAUGAUCGUGUUCUUACUGAAAGAGGAAGAAACUGAGACUCCUAUAACGACCUCCACGACCCCAGGACCUGAACCCGUUCAGGGGUACCAGGUUGGAGUAGGAGUAGCAGACAUCACUGGACCCUGCGCUGAAAUAACCUUUAUGGGUUAUGCUGAAUUGGGUCAAAGAGGCGGAGGCAUCCAUCUUCGUCAGUUCUCGAGAGCAUUUAUCUUCGUGAGAGGUGACACGAGGGUGGUCCUAGUUACUGCUGAUGUAGCGGCUUUGGGGAUUGCUCUUAGGAGAGAGGUUGUAAGGAAACUCCAGCAGCAGUAUGGUAAUCUUUACGGCAUACGUAACGUAAUCUUAACAGGAACACACACUCACAGUGGACCGGGAGGAUAUCUUGUGGACUUUUUAUUCGACAUUACUAUUCUUGGUUUCUCCAGAGAAACUUUUGAUGCUUACGUUGAUGGUAUCACAAGGAGUAUAGUGAACGCUCACAACCAAAUAGUUCCUGCGCGUCUCUUCGUGAGUUCAACGCAUGUUUUAAAUGCACAAAUGAACAGAUCUCCUUACUCGUACGAUCAAAAUCCUGCCGAGGAAAGACAGAGAUAUAAUUCUAACACCGACACUGAGCUAACUCAACUCCGUGUGGUUAAAUCGGACGGUAGAUUGCACGGCGUCCUCAACUGGUUCUCAGUCCACACCACCAGUAUGAACAUGACUAACAGACUGAUAUCCUCCGACAACCUUGGAUACGCUGCCAUGAGGAUGGAGAAGGAAUUGAACCCUGGACGAUUGGCGGGAAAGCCUAAAGUCGUAGCCGGCUUUUUUUCAUCAAACCUUGGAGAUAUAUCGCCUAAUAUCCGUGGUCCUAGAUGUGAGCGCAGCGGUCAGGAGUGUGAUAACCAGUUCCGGUUGUGCGACCUGUUCGAGCUUUGUUUCGCUCGGGGUCCAGGUGAAGACAUGUUCGAGAGUACCAAGAAAAUAGGAGAAGCUGUUUUUCAAGGAGCUAUGGAGGCCCUGAAUAAACAGGGGCAAGAGCUAAACGGUACCCUUCGAGUCAUGCACCAAUUUCUGGAGAUGCCAUUAGAAACUGGACGAAAAUAUAAUCCUGUUACAAGGAAUUUUACGGACGAGACAGUGAGAGGCUGUGUACCAGGACUGGGUUACAGCUUCGCCUCCGGGACAUUCGAUGGAGCCAACAUCCUUAAUAUAACGCAGGGUACUCUUACUAAUAAUCCGCUGUUAGACGCCAUCAGUUCCGUGGUAGCGAGGCCGACCAGUGACGAUGUGGCGUGCCACGCUCCCAAACCGAUUUUGUUGGCCACAGGACGUGUCUUUCCAUGGCAUCCUCGUACAGUAUCCUUGUCUCUCAUUACGAUAGGCUCAUUCGCUGUGGUGGGUUACCCCGGAGAGCCUACAACUAUGGCCGGGCGGCGGAUGAAGGAUGUAGUUGCUGAUGCUUUGAGGGAAAACGGAUUCAAUCCUAAAGUAGUAAUAUCCGGUUUGACGAAUGAAUACACACAUUAUGUGGCCACCUUUGAAGAAUAUCAGGUGCAACGCUAUGAAGCUGCGUCCACAAUGUACGGACCACACACGUUGGAUAUAAUCCUAAGCAGGUUGAGGGACUACACGAUAGCGGCUGUAACAGGAGCUGGGAUUCCGCCGGGUCCAGAGCCAGAAGAUUACCUUAAUCGUACAAUAUCUCUGAUUCCCUCAAUCAAUAUCGACACAACUCCAGCCGGAGCCAACUUCGGAGAUGUGAUCCAACAGCCUCCAGAAUCCAUCGCACUUGGAGACACUGUUACAGUUCAAUUCGUAGGAGCCAACCCUAGAAAUGAUUUACGACAAGAGUCGAGCUAUGUGGUCGUUGAACGGCUUGAGCUCGGGAACUGGACCACUGUGGCUACAGACGCUGAUUGGGAAACUAGGUUUUACUGGGAGCGUGUGGGAGGACAGUCAUCAGGGGAGAGUCGUGUCACUGUCAUGUGGACACCAUCAGAAGUUUCCAACCUUCCCCAUCGCUUGACCUACUACGGAGCUGCACGCGGGGAAGGAAACACUAUCACGCAGUUCACAGGAGUCAGCAACUCGUUUAUGAUCAGAGCAAUGACAAGAGAUAAUUUACAGUAUAUUUGA